CAAUUUUGGCAGUGAAACACAAAACACGCCUAGUUCAACAGUUGGGUUGAUGUUUUGAACAAAUCAAUUCGAGUGCAAAAAAAUGCACGACUAGCCGGAGCGCAGUUGGUCAGCUGUAUUCGCCACUGCGGCCCUUAGUUGCGACCUUGCCGCAUAAAUAUAGACUUGUUCAGUGUCGCCAACAACAAACCGAGUUACCACAAUCACGCUUCAGAUACUACUUGUCUUAUCAAAGAAAAUGGCUAAACGAUUACGUUCUAAUCGCUUUACAUCAGUACGCGUGAAUCAAAAAGUGUUUACCAAGUAUAAAACAGUAUUGGACGCGUAUUAGUUACGUUUGUUGUGGCGCACAACGUUAUUUUCAGAAUGUCAUCCACGUCGUCGCCGGCUGUGAAAAAAAUAGUCCUAAACACGCUGCUCGAGACGGAUCACUACGAGGGCCUAAUCAAGGAGCUGACGUGUACCAAAUGUAACACGUACAUGCGGCCGCCCAUCCACCUGUGUGUGGAUGGACACAGUCUCUGCGGCCGCUGCUAUGAGAAGAGCUUCGAAUGCCAUGUUUGUAAGAAAGAAUUCUCACAAACCCGCUCAUCAGCUCUCGAAUCGUUGGCGAACAAGGUCCUGUUUCCAUGCAUAAAUGCUGGCUGCCCCAAACAUGCCGUCCUAUCACAACUGGACAAGCAUUACGCCCACUGUCAGUUUCGCAUCAUCAACUGCUUCAUGGCUCGAGUAUAUGGGGACUGCAAAUGGAAAGGUCGCGCUGGCGACUGGAUGGACCAUUGUUUCAUGGAACAUAGUGAGAAGGUCACGGAGCUCCCAUUCAUCACGGUGAAAAACCGAUGGGACGCGAAGAGGACAGAACCGGUGCUCAACUACUUUCUGCUGAAGUGUUACGAACGGAUAUUCAACGUGUACCAGAUUUAUGAUAAGAGAGGAGGGAGAAUGAUGUGGACUGUGCUUGUAAAUGACGACCAUGCUGAGAAGUUUUAUUUUGAAGUCGACAUUUUCUUACCAAACUUACCGAGCAAAAGGAUUGUUUACAGACGACCAUGCAAGUGUGAGAAGGAUGCAGACUUCCUGGAGCACACCCAAAACGUGUACAUUCCCGUAGAAAAUGUGUUCUCUAUGCUAGACGAGGACGAAUCCGUCAACUUUAUCGUCAGAAUUGGUGAGGUUGAAAACCUACCAAUAUUCGACACCCCUACGCCCAGUGAGAGCAUCAUACUUCUACACAACGAAGACCGCAAGGAUGAAUAACAUCAAAAUUUACAACUUUACACCUUAAUACACUAAUUUAUGCAUUAAAAUCGAACGAACAAGCACGUGUUUUGUAAGGGCGUAUAUCCAAUAAACAUUUAGCAGAUUUGAUUCUUAA